AUGAAACUCUUUAAGAAAAUUGAACUAUGGAAGGCCGUGGUCUACCUUUCAUAUCUUCCCAAGGCACUAGGACAGAACGACAAGAGUGACUUUUCGUCAUGGUUCAACAUCACUGAGUUCCCCAACCCCCAGCUCGCCAACGUCGCACGUCUUCAGGCAGAGGCCCAAGAUCUCGCCGAGGGGAGACUCUGGUAUGACUACGUACAUCGGUGCAUCAACGCCCAGAAGUACCCGACAAUCUCCAACAACGCCCAGACUCCUGGCUGGGUCACCCCUGCGCAGGCUUUCGACUCCCUCUUUUUUGUUGGGUACUCAUUUGUGUCAUCCUGGGCUAUCGACACGGGCGAUGGAAUUAUCUUGAUUGACGCGCUCAACAACGCUGAGGAGGCCGAAAAGGUCAUCAUCCCGGGACUAAUGGCCUUUGGGUAUACUACCCGUGACAUCAAAGCUCUGGUCAUCACUCACGAGCAUUUCGACCACUACGGCGGAGCUGCUUGGUUCCAGGAUGCGUUCAAUACUUCUAUCUACGCGUCCAGCGCGGCAUGGAUUGGCAUGAAGAAACUUGAAGGCACCCCAAGCGUUGACAAGACUCUUGACGAGGGUGACGUCUUGGAGAUCGGCAACACCACGGUGCGCGUCUUUUCGACUCCAGGUCACACACCUGGCACCAUCUCUCUGAUAUUCCCCGUCUAUGACCGCGGCCAAAAGCACAUUGCAGGAUUGUACGGCGGCGGAGGCAUCCCCAGCAAGGCGGAGGACAAGUCCACCCAGGUCGAGUCGUUUCAGAGGUUCAGCCGCCUGGCUAAGGAAGCGGGUGUGGAUGUCCUGCUAAGCAAUCACCAGACGCAGGACCACACUCUACAAAAUCUGGAUGUUCUGGCAAACCGACAGUGCUUGGGCAAGAAAUGCAGCUUGCCAAACCCGUUUGUUGUUGGGAAUAAGCAAUAUGUGCGGUACUUGGAGUUGAUGGCCAAGUGUGUCGAGUUGCAGGCGGCGAGACAGGGCCAGAGUCUCGAUCUUUGA